GGGCGAGCACUCCCGGAAGCACCGCCCCCGGCCCGAGCCCCAGCCCGGAGCGCUGCCGUCAUGCCGAGACACGAGUUCUCCGUGGACAUGACCUGCGAGGGCUGCUCCAGCGCCGUCACGCGCGUGCUCAACAAGCUGGGAGGGGUGCAGUUUGACAUUGACCUGGCCAACAAGAAGGUGAGCAUCGACUCGGAGCACGGCGUGGACAAGCUGCUGGAGACCCUGGGCAAGACGGGCAAGGCUGUGUCCUACCUGGGGCCCAAGUAGGGUCCGGGCUGAGCAGGAUGCCCGCCCGUGCCCGCCUGCCCGCUGGUCCUUUGGACCCCAGGAAUAGCAGACGUGUUUCCUGCAGAGAUGUGCCCCGCACCCCCCUGGGAUCCCUGCAAUAAAGUCCAGCCGCCC